GACGACGCUCGAUACGCUGACUUCGUGGAAGACGUUCAAGCUCACGACUGAGAAGCCAGCUGGCCAGUACGACCAGGCGGCUGCGCAUGCUGCCUUGUGCGCACUUGUCGCAUCGGGCGCGAAGGUCCCCGAUGCCACGUGCUUCUCCACUUGGAGGCGGGGCGCUGGACUUGCAGCGGAUCAGGCUGACUGGGCGACCUUCGCUGGCUAUAUGACAUUCCAGGCUGCGCAAUGGCACGCCACGCUGCACCGCCCACCGAUCACUGCUGGCGAGGGCGAACCUAGCGUCUCGCGGGUCAUCAUGGAGACGCUCGUGGUCAUCUUCAGGCAGCCAGCUAACGUCGGCGUGGGCGCGCUCACUGGCAUGCUUCAGAGCAUCGGUGGCUCCGCCACUGGACCGCCGCCACUGCUGACGGCGGCCGGCUGCGAAGCGUUCGCCACGGAAGUGGAGCGGCUAUGCCGGCUGGUAUUCAUCGCCGCGGUUCCCGACGCGGAGGUCGACAAGGUUGUAGGCGACAAGGAGGCGAUGCUUGACGUUCACGGCGAACAUCCUAGUCCUUUCCUGAAAGCUUUGAUGUUCUUGCCCACUGGCAUUGCAGUGCUCCACGCCGUGUCCACAGAAGGCGCGCGGAUCAAAUCCAAGGAAGUGCUUGCAGGGCAGCUCAAUGACAUCUGCGACAUUAUUGCUUCAAUGCAGUCGCCACUUCAGCUCGAGAAUGAGGGUGGCGCGGCUGGCGUCGGGUCAGUGGCCUUGCCGAAGGAGACAGCUGUUGCCGUGGAGACGGCCAUGGGCAAGUACGAUCAGCUGAUGAGCACGAUGACCGACAGGUUCAAGGAGCAACGCAAGCACGAUCUGGACCAGGUCUCAGCCAAGCUCGACGCGAUCGGGGCGGACUUCGAGACCGCCACGAAGGAGCGCAACGUGGCCUUGCUCAACCGGGCGCUGGUCGACGUGUCCAGUGUGGCUUCUCGCGCAGAGCUUGACCGCCCACUCCAGCUUCUCAGAGCCGUCGCCGAGGCGGAGGGACCUCGCUGCAACCACCUCGCCCCUGAUCGAGCAUCGCGCGUGAGUUCCGCGCACUCACGGACAGCGGAGGCCGCGCACGCAUGGGCGCCAGGGCUCGCCAUGCUCAUGAGCGACAACCAUGACAACCUCAAAUCGAGUGAGCUGCAGCAGUUCUAUGAUCAAGUCGUCAUGUCCAACGAGAACUGCCGCGUGCCAUUGGAGACGGCCCUCGGCGGGAACAUCGCCAACUGGCCACCCGCGGUGCUCAAGGCGAGGCUACUGCUGCAGUGUGCCUGCAGCGCAGCCUUGACUACCAGCCCAUUUGGAGUUCUUGCUGCUGCCUCGCGCAUGGAGGCGGGCACUGGCGACCUGGCCAAGGAGUGCGAGGCGGCCGCCACGAACCUGAGCGACGACGAGGAGUGGUCGCCACGAGUUCUCGCGCCCCUGGACGCGUUGAGCUGCAUCGCAUCCACCAUUUGCCGCUUCCGCCCUGCAUUCUCACCUGGUUGGAAACCGAGCACACAGGACCCAGCGAACCCCGCGGCGUUCCAGAAGCAUUCAGGCGACCACGUGUUACUUGCAAUCAAGAUGUGUUGGUUUUGCAAGGAGAGGCGUGCUGCGCAAUCUCUGGUGGACGCUACUGCCCUCAAUGAGGACGGCGAACCUGGAAGCGCGCUGUACCCCGCGUUCUGGCAGCACGUCGACGGCGACGAGGGUGGCGCGAGGGCCCGGCAG